CUCCCCGACAAAUACGGAUACAGGCAGGCUCUUACUUGCCGCAGCCCUCUCGCCGACACGCCCUCGUCAGGCGCCGCAGGGCGCGACCCUCCGAUUUUACAUACAUCGAGAAUCGAUGACCAAAUUCCAAUAGCAAUCGUGCAUCCCGCAUCUCGCCGACCGAACCGAACCAUCGACAGCCCCGCCUCCAAAAUGGCCGACUCGGACGGCGAGUAUGUCGAGGACCUGUCGGAUGACGAUCUCCACGACCACCGCGUGGCCGCCGAUGGCACUGGGGCGUCUUAUGGCACACGCUCCAAAGCCGCCCGCGGUACAGGGACGCAGGGCGGCCGCAGGAAAGCCAGAGGUGGCGGCCGCUCCAAGGCUGCUUGGGAGGACAUCAAGAGAUCAUGGGAGAACGUCGUGGAGGCGGAGGAUGGCAGCAUCACGAUCGAGGCGCUCCUUGAAGCCGAGAAGCGGCGGCGGCUGAUGCGCGACACGACGCCGCUGCAGCGCGGUAUCAUCCGGCACCUGAUGCUGGUGCUCGACAUGAGCUUCGCUAUGGCCGAGAAGGACCUGCUGCCGACGAGGUACCUCUUGACACUCAACUACGCCGUGGAUUUCGUACGCGAGUAUUUUGAGCAGAACCCCAUCAGCCAGAUGGGAAUCAUCGCCAUGCGCGACGGCGUCGCCGUGAGGAUAAGCGACAUGGGCGGGAACCCGGCCGAGCACAUCGAGAAGCUGCGGACGUGGGCAGCGCAAGGGGAGCCACAGGGAAACCCGAGCCUGCAAAACGCCCUCGAGAUGUGUCGCGGUGCAUUAUUUCACACGCCGUCCCACGGCACCCGCGAAGUCCUCAUCAUCUACGGCGCCCUGCUCUCCAGCGACCCGGGCGACAUCCACGACACCAUCGCCAACCUCAUAACCGACCGCAUCCGGGUCUCCAUCGUGGGGCUGUCGGCCCAGGUGGCCAUCUGCGCCGAGCUCUCACCCCGCCCGUCACGCACGCCGCGCCGGCGGACCAGCCCGGCACCGGCCCCAGCAACCACGCGGCGCUGCUGAUGAUGGGCUUCCCCUCGCGCGCGCUCGCCUCCAAGGACCACGUCAGCCUCUGCGCCUGCCACCACCGCCCCACGCGCGAGGGCUACGCCUG